UCUUUCAACAGUUUUAAGUUUUAACUACCACAUUUUGGCGCCAAUACUUAAGUGUCUUGCUUCAAUGGAGAACUAUGGAAGAGGUAGAGGGGGGAGAGGUGGAGGAAGGAACUCUGGAGGUGGAGGGAGAUGGAGAGGACAAAACCGUGAUCAGCAUUACGGUGACAGUUCAAAUCCUUCGAACUACCAGAGUUUCCAGGGUCAGCAGAGGGGAUAUCGACCAGUUUCCGGCCAGGAUUGGAGUUUCAGGCAAGGACCCGCUGCGUAUCAGGGUCAGUCCGGCGAACCCAGAAGGCCAAUUUCAGGCAAUGAUCGGGCUUUAAGGCAAGGACCCAGUUUGAAUCAGGGUCAAUUUGCAGAACCCACUAGGCCGGCUUCGGCUUGGGUGGGUUUACCAUGGGGCAGUAGUAGAGGAGGUCGCAGUGGAGGUGGUGGCUCCAAUGGUUCUAAUGGUUCUGGACGUGGUGGAGGCGCAUGGAAGGCCGAUUAUGUUCCUGGUGGUUCUAUGAGCUCUGGCUCUGCCUCUGCCUCUGCCUCUGCCUCUGCCUCUGAUCCACCAAUUUUGGAGUUACGAGCUCUUGAGAUUUCAUGUCCGAUAGCACCAUCACCACCUCUGGAAUCAGGGAAUAUUGUCCCCAUUAGACGACCUGAUAAUGGUGGAACAUCUUGUAUCCGAGAGGUUCACCUUCUUGUUAAUCAUUUCUCCAUCAAGUUCAAUCAACAUAUGACUUUGCUGCAAUACAGCAUUGAUGUUGAGCCAGAGAUGCCUCCCAAGCAUGGUGGACCUUCUCGAGUUUCAAAUUCGGAAAUUCGUUUCGUAAUGAACAAAAUAUUCUCUGAUAAACCAAAUGAGUUUCCUCGAUCCAUGAUUGCUUAUGAUGGGGGGAAGAUCAUCGUAAGUGCAGUGAAACUACCCAUUGGAAAGUAUAAGGUGGAUGUGCCAAAGGGUGAGACUGUCAAGUCAUAUAAAUUCACUAUACAGUUAGUGAAGAAGCUAGAGCUUGGAAACUUGAUGGCCUACUUAAAUGGAGCACUCCCACGUAUCCCCCGUGAAAUCUUACAGGGCCUGGACCUUGUCAUGAAAGAGAACGCAAAGAAGCAUCGUCUUCAAGUUCGCCAGGGCUUCUACUCCAAGAGUUACCAAAGGAAUGAUGAUCUUGGUUGUGGUGUUGUUGCUAGCAGGGGCUUUCAGCAGAACUUGAAGCUCACUUCCCAGGGGCCAGCUGUAUGUGUGGAUUACUCUGUUCAACCAUUUCGGAAGCCAGUUGCAGUUCUAGAAUUCCUCCAACAGCGCAUGGCUGGGUUCCGUACUGAUCGUAUUGAUAACCAGUUGAGGCGUGAUGCUAAGAGGGAAUUGAAAGGUUUGAAAGUGACAGUGACUCACAGGGAAACAAAGCAAACCUUUAUAAUCAAAGGAUUAACAGGUCCAACGGCAAACGAUCUGACUUUCUCACUCGAGGACCGAGAUGGCAUCAAUCCACCUCAGGAGGUUCGACUACUGGACUAUUUCAGAAACAAAUACAACAAGGAGAUCAAAUUCAAAAAUCUACCUUGCUUGGAUUUGGGAAAGAAUAUUCAUUCAAAUGCUGUACCUAUGGAGUUCUGUGUGUUGGUAGAGGGGCAGAUAUAUCCAAAGGAUCAACUGGGCAAGAAUCUUGCAGCAAAAUUGAAGGACAUAUCCCUGCUGAAGCCUUGGGAAAGAAAGAAGAUUAUAUAUGACAUGGUUCGAGCAAGAGAUGGGCCUCUUGGAGGAGAAACAAUUCACAACUUUGAAAUUGAAGCCAGCACAGAGAUGACACAAGUGAUUGGUCGUGUAAUCAGAGCACCUGAUCUGAAACUUGGUGAUACCGGUGGGAGGGCACGAAGAUUCACUCAAAACAGGGAAGAUUGCCAGUGGAACCUUCUUGACAGAACUGUCUUGGGUGGCAAAAGCAUUGACAGGUGGGCGGUCCUUGACUUCUCUUCACAUGAUCAAAGGUUCAAGCAGAACUCUUUGGUCUAUGAUGAGUUUGUACAACAAUUAAUGAUGCGGUGCAGAAAACUCGGGAUAGGCAUGAAGACUCCACUCUUCCAUGAGUUUUCUGAUAUGCGUGAGCUCUCUGAUACUGAGAUGCUUCGUAAGCGCCUUAAUAAUGUCUAUGAUAAGGCACAUCACCAGUUGCAGCUUCUUGUUUGUCCAAUGAUAGACAGAAAUUCAGGUUAUAAUGCUCUCAAGUGGAUUUGUGAGACAGAGAUUGGCAUCAUGACACAAUGUUGUUUGAGCAACAACUACAACAUGAGUAAAGACAAGCACCUACCUACUGAGAAAAAGGAGAAAAAAUUGGACCAGUACCUGGCAAACCUUGCCCUCAAGAUCAAUGCAAAGCUUGGAGGCAGCAACUUUGAGCUCUUUGACCGUCUUCCCCAUCUUGAAGGUCAUGAACAUGUGAUGUUCAUUGGAGCUGAUGUCAAUCAUCCAAGUCCUGGAAAUGCAUCAAGCCCGUCUGUUGCAGCUGUUGUUGGGACUGUAAAUUGGCCUGCUGCAAACAACUAUGUUGCCCAGUAUCGUCUUCAACAGCAUCGAACUGAGAAGAUCAAAGAAUUUGGGGAGAUGUGUUUGGAGCUAAUCAAGAAAUAUGCCGAGCUCAACAAAGUCAAGCCAAAGAAAGUCAUAGUGUUCCGUGAUGGGGUCAGCGAUAGCCAGUUUGAUAUGGUUUUGAAUGAAGAAUUAAUGGAUCUCAAGAGGGCAAUUCAAUGUGACGGGUAUUCCCCAACCAUCACACUUGUGACUGCACAGAAACGGCACCAAACUCGUCUCUUCCCCAUGGAUGACAAUCAAGGAGCCCGUGGUGGUAAUGUUUUCCCAGGGACGGUUGUGGAUACAACCAUUGUGCACCCUUGGGAAGAUGACUUCUACCUUUGUAGCCACUAUGGGCUGUUAGGAACAAGCAAGCCAACUCAUUACUAUUGCCUUUGGGAUGAGCACAAGUUCACUUCAGAUGAGUUGCAGCAGAUGAUAAACAACCUAUGCUACACCUUUGCUCGAUCCACAAAACCUGUCUCAUUGGUUCCACCUGCUUAUUAUGCUGAUAUUCUGGCAUUUAGGGUGCGACAGUACUAUGUAGCCUGGGAGGCUGAUUCUGUUACUUCAUCAUCUUCAUGUUCAUCAUCAUCUUUUUCACCGCAAUUUGAUCAAAAGGUCUUCAAGUUGCACAGUGACCUGGAGAACGUCAUGUUCUUCUGCUAAAGGUCUACGAAUGGACGCAGUCCACAGGUAAUCAGGUUCAAUCUCCUUGUCUAUAUGGCCAUGCAUAGUUGAGGAGUUUGUGCGUGAAUCUAAGAGUUCUGGUUUGAAUCACUGGGGUUCCAGUUUACAGUAAUGUUACUUUCUUUCCUUCAGAUGGUUUAAUAAGCUAAAAACAUCAAGUCUUCAGGGUUCAGUAUUCAAGGUGAGAGUGUAAUAGUUAGGAGUGGAAGUUUCUGUUGUGUGAACUGAGACUUCCAUCUUUUUUUUAUUUUUUCCUCAGUGGUUGUGGUGUUUGCUUUGAGUUUGGUGGUUUACAAGUUUGUGUAAUCCAACAGGUUCUGGUUAUGAUAUAUGAAUAAUAUGAUGCUUGCUUUGUUUGUUUGUUUUA